UGGCAAGCUGGUGCAGGAAAUGUAUAUAUUUGAAACCAAAAUUGGAAAAGCUGGCUGCAGAUUACCAUCCUAGAAUACUUUUUUACUGUGUUGAUGUCAAUAACGUUCCUCACAAGCUUGUGGUUCAUGCAGGAGUGAUGAUGAAACACUCGUCGCAUACAAUGGCCAGCGCCCACGGUGAUUUCAAGAACAAUCUUCACAUGCAGGUAAAAAUCCCGAGAACCCCAGUCUUACUCGUUUACUCAAGAUCGAUAGACUUAAGAUUAAACGAAACAUAAUAUAACACAGCGGAAUAAUUAACACCAAAAUGUUGUGGCCUACCACGAGUCUCAUUCAAGGUAUUCCCAAACCGAAAUAUGUAUUACAAACUAUCAAAUGAUACAGCAUUGCCAUACAACCGUUCAUACAUAUACCAAAAUAAAUACCUAACACUUCCAAAACGGUACAACGACUAUCAACUAAACACCGUUGGCCCCACCGGCCGUGUCCUCGAUUUCGUAGCUAUCCUGGGCUGGAACGUUGAAUGUUCCAGGGGCAUAACCUAGGUUAGAUGAUAAAACAUCUAAGUGAUGGCAUGAAACAGUUUACACAAUGCAUGAAAGACAUAUAAUCAUGGCAUAUACAGACGAACGACAACAUGCAACGUGCCUAACUUGAGAAAUCUCCCUGACAUACUCAACCUCUUGUGGAAAACCAUUCCACACACUGUUGGGGUUGACCUUGCCGCGACGUACUUAAUCCCUCGAGUGCCCUACCGUGUCACUCGUUCAUCAGGAUUAACCUUGUCCCAUUCUCAAGAAGACCCCAUCCCGUCCCAUACGGAUCCAACAACGACACGAAAAUCAACAGCCCGAUGAUAUGAAAAUACACGCCAUGCACCGACUUGUUUUAAAAGUAAAAAUAGUUGAUGCAAUAUAUCACAUGUUCAAAAUGCAAAUGAUGCCACAAUGUACAUAAGUGAAACGCCUUUGUAAACAACCCAAGUUCAGGAGGGUAUAAUCGCUCACUAGAACUAGUAUGAUAAUGUGUAUCCUAAGCUUGGGAGGGUAAAACCGCUCACCAGAACCCACUACACACACUCCAAAACAUAAUCAAAACAAGAUAAAGCUAGAAUCAAACCACUCAUCUCAAUUCAGAAAAGUUCGAUUUUCGCCUCGAAAAACGUGCAAUCCUUCUUUCCAACUCACCAAUCGUCUCUUAUUCACCAUUAGGACCUUAGAAAUCAAUAUUUCUAUUUUUUCUCAAUUUUCUCUAUUUUUCUUUAUUUUUAAACAUUUUCUACCUUCGGAAAUUCAUAAAAAAUAUCUAACAUCAAGUUUCACAAAAUAUUUUUUUAUGAUAAUUCCUAAAAUAAUUUUACCAAAAUUCUAAAAUUAAAAUCAAGCAAAAAUACUACCUCACGGGCCCUCACGCGCCACCUAGGGGUUCGGCGAGUGAAGCCCACAUGCGGCCGGCUUGGUCGUCUUCUCCGGCCUUCUUCUCCGACUCCGGCGACCUCCGAUGCUCCAAACGAUUAUAGGGGCUUGUAGAUCUCUUCAAGGCGACCUCGAUGGCACCCUUUAGUGGCCAAAAUAGCCACCGGAAAAGGCUUUAAAAGCCAUUUACAGGCCGUGGUCCGGCAAAGCCCGAUUUUCCGGCCAACUCCCAAAAACCCCACUUAUCCUAUACCAAUCGACUCCAAAUGCUCCAGAAAUGACCCUCACAACCCAAGGAACAAAAACCCCUUAUCCGUGAGCCUCGAUUCAAGCCAAAACGCCCUUAAUUUUACUCGACUUCUUUGAAAAACCCUCGGCCUCGGGUGUCUAUUUAUACCCCAUCUCGACCCGAUUUUCCACCACAAAUCGGCUAAUCUUAUCCCCUUAACCCUAGAUCUAGCCUCCUAACCAAUCAAGAAGCACAAAAUCGAGAGCUAGAACCCUCGAAAAAUUCGGCCAAAUCAGAAAUCUUUCCUCCAUUAUUUCCGAUCACAUCAAGGCCAUUUUCCGGCCAAUAGCAGCCACAAACCACCCCAUCAUCACCUGGAGACCUCCCUAGCCCUUCCAGGCGACCUUCCCGACGCCCCCAGGCAGCUGGCCAGCGGCCACAGUGCGGCCGGUCGGAUUCACAUUAUGCAAUUUUUGAUUUUUGCAGUUUAGCCCCUUUGUAAAUUCUAAUUUCAUUUUCUCUCUAUCCAAGGCACCCCUAGACUUCUUGUUAAUUCCUUGACUGCCCACAAGUUCUAUAUUUUCCAUUUCCUUUUGAAAUUUCUAAAAAAUUUGUCGUUUCGAUCUUCAUCGGGUAGUUUAUAAAAUCUGCACUUUUGCCCUGAUGCCCCUAAUCACGCAUUUUCGUCCUCAAACCUUCGAAAAUCUCUUGAUUUUGUCGAAUAUUGCUUAUUUGGACAGUUUUACCUUCAUUGGCUUGCUUGACAUAGUCCUUCACCUUUCGUUUAUGUUUUGAGUAUUGCACUUUGGCCCGAAACUAUUGUAAAUUCCAUUUUGACCCCGUAAUUUUUGAAAAUGCUCUUAAUAUUAAAUACUGGGUAUUACAAAAGUUAUACUGGGUAUUACAAAAGUUCUACUAGGAGAGUGCUAGCCAGUCAACAUAGACUUGUGGUCCUUCAUGUCCAUAUAAAAAAAAGGAGGAUGAAUGAUGAUGAAAAAUGAAGUCAAAGUCUAAUGGUGUGAUUUAAGAAGUGAAAAAUAAGUUCAAAUCUUCAUGGAAAAAGUAUAUGGAAGAAGAGAUUGAAUUAUUAAAGAUGAAACUAAUCCAAUGUGGAUUGAGAUGAUUGUUGCUAUUUGAAACAUUGCAAAAACUAUUUUAAGAAGUUUGAAAGGAAAAAUCCCAAUCGAAUAAGAAUCAUGAUGGUGGUGCAGCAAUCAGGAAAGCUUGUUACAAGAUUCUAGAUACAUGUUAGCUAAGAAAAAAAACCUUGAAGAUAUAUAUUUUGGCAAACAAAUAAAAGACAUCUCCAAAAUUCCCUAUUUUGCAAGGGUCAAGGGAGGACUAUAUUUGUACGUAGCCUUCCCUUCGCCUUUUUGCAAAGAGGUUGUUUUCACAAAUUGAACCCAUGACCUUUCGAUCCCCAGAGAGCAAGCUAGCCCUUACUACUAAGAUAGUGAAGUAAAUUCAAAAGUUUGUUAAAUUUGUACACUGAAUUAACAAGUGAAGUGUAUAAAAGAUAAAAAUAAAAAAGUACUGAUAGACGAAGGCAAUCAAGGACAUAUGGGAGGUGUAUUUAUCAAAAUUUUUGUUAGAGUUAGUGCUCUAAUGCUAAAUUUAGAUAGCGUUUGGCAUAUGUAAAUUAGGACUAAUGAUGUAUAUUUUGCAAAAUUUUAUAAAAUACAUUUUUUUGUAUUUAAUGGUCAUACCUUAAUUCAUACCUCUCUAAUUUGUAUAUGAAUGAGUCCCUAUAUUUCUUAAUAAAUGUCUUAUUCUUAAGUGUUAAGAACAGUGUUCUAAAACGCGAUAGGUGCUAGUCGAGUGCCAGGCUGGGGCCUAGGGCGCCUAGGCGGGGCCUAAAAAAAUUGUUGUUUUUUUUUAUUUUUUUGAACUUUUUGAUGUAAUGUCAUGUUAUUUUCAAGUAAAUCAAAGUAGAAAAUCAACAAUAAUGCAACAUAAACCAAUAAUGCAACAAUAAUGGAAUGACAAGUGAAAUAGUGGAAUUAAGCAUGAGAAAACAAACUAUUGUAGUUUAGUUCUGGGUUCAAGAAGGCAAAAGCAACAAUAAUGCAACAUAAACAAUACUUGAAGAAUCUAAGUAUCUAGCCAUCUAAUUGGACUUUCUCUUCUCCAUAUUCUUCCAACACAAGAUCUUCAUCAGACUCAAAAUCAAAUUCAUUGAGUUCUUGCUUAUCUUCUUCUUUUGAUUGAAAAUCAUCUUCAUGAAGGUCUCUCAUUCUAGAACUUCUUCGAGGUUGAAGCAUCUCGUCUGCUCCGAAUGCUUCACCAACCACUUCCCAAGUAAGCCCCGUACCAGGCUCAACUUCUUCAUCAUCUCCUCCUUCAACUAUCCAUCCCUGCGCAUGACUAGCAUAACUAGCAAGUAGCACAUCAACAUUCCUUUCUUUCUCUCUUUUUUGCUUGUUCAUUAAUUUGGCAUUAAAUUGGACAUAGACUAGAUUGUUCAAUCGAUUCACGUCCAAUCUAUUUCUUUUCUUCGUAUGUAUCUACAUAAAUAAAUAAAAACAAUAUUAAUAUAAAUGAUAGGGAUAAUGAAAUUAAAAUAUUAAAAACGUCUUAAAAUAUACAUUAUAGAUUAUACACUAACCCCUUCAAAAGUGCUCUAGUUUCUUUCACAACUGGACGAACUACUAGUUAACGAGAGGAUCUUUCUCGCCAUUCGUUGUAAGUUUGGAGUUUGAUUUCCAUAUGUGGUCCACCAUGUAACUACAACAUAGGUCAAACAAGUAUAAAGUAAACAAAUUUAUACACUGAUACUGUAAUAGUAAUACACAAUAGAAACUAAGAAAAUGACUUUAAUCUUAUACCUGGAUUUUAAUUGUCAUCAUUUUUUGCACACCCUUGAGCUGCCCAUGAUUUUCCAAAAGCUUCUUCUUUACGAGUAUACUUUGGCAACUCAACAUUUACAACAUGGCCUUGCAAUUCACCAUCAUUUUCAUAAAACAUCUCCAUAGAGUUAAAAAAUCCAUCCAUCACUUCAUGAUCAAGUUGUAUAUCCAUAUCCUUAAAGAAGUAGUAAUGAUUCAGAAGGUAAGCAGCAAAAUGUAGUGGACUAUCUAGCCUAUCUUUCACCCUUGCUUCAAUAAUCUCCAUAAUAGGUUGAUAAUUCUUCUCAAGAUUAUUCAGGGCCUCCUUAAUAUCUUUCUUUGCCUGCACAAUCUCUCCAUAUAAAAAGUCCAUAGAAGGCUUUCUAUCUGCAUCAAUAAUUCGAAACACCUUCACCAAAGGUGCAAAAACCUUGAGGUAUAAACUCACACCAUUCCAAAAAAGAAUACUCAUCAUAGUAGCAUAAGCUGCUUUCCCUUUAACAAUCUUGGACCGUUUGCACUCUUCCCAUUCGGAGCUAAUAAACAUUUUCCUCAAUUGGACAUUUUUCUCCAUCAAACUUUGCAAAGUAAGGAAAGAAGAAGCGAAUCUAGUGACUCCCGGUCUCACAAUAUCCCUCUUCUUCAUAAAGAUCUCAUUAAGGACAAUGUCUUAUGGUGCGCAUAAAUGAAGAUCGUCCAAUUCUUGGCCUGAUCAAUAACUUUCUUAUAUCUUGGCAAUUUUCCAAUACUUUCUAGCAUCAAAUUGAUAGUGUGAGUAGCACAUGAUGUCUAAAAUAUAUUUGGCCUCUUCAACUUCAAUAAUUUUGCCGCUCCCAUAUUGUUAGCAGCAUUGUCAGUUACUACUUGAAUGACAUUUUGCAGCCCAAUUUGCUCAAUGCACUUGUCCACAUGUUCAAAAAUUAGUUCACUAGUAUAUGCUUCAUCUGAAGACUCUGUGGAAGAAAGAAAAGCAGUACCUGCGUUAGAAUUAACACAUAGGUUCAUGAUACUCCUCAUUUUUUUAUCUGUCCAGGCAUCUGUCAUAAUAGAGCAUCCAUUUCGUGCCCACUCUUCUUCAUGCUUUUUUAAUAACUCUUUAGUUCUGUCAACUUCUCCCUUUAACAAUGGUUCCCUCAACUGGUAUUGACUGGGAGGUUUGAAGCCCGACCCAAAUUGACCAACCGCCUCAACAAACAAUUUAAAGCUAUCAUUAUCAAUAGCAUUGAAAGGAAUGCCGACUUUGUACACCCAUCUGGCACAAUAUUGACGAACAAACUAUGUUCUCUCUUUAAAGAGUGCUUCGCUGAUAUUUUGUUGCCUUUGUGUCAUUCCUGCACUCGUUUCAAGGGUGAUGGAGCUUGUAAACUUAUCUAUAGGGCCAAGUGUACGGGGUGCUUUUUUGCUCCCUAACUCUUGCAAUUCAUUUUCAGCAUCUCCUUCCUCCAUUUCAGAAAUAUUAACAGAGGAUCUCAUCAAAUCUUCCUCUUUCCUCUUAUUUUUCUUCUUACUCUUUGCCUCGGCAAUAGCAUUUUUACAUUUGGCUUUAUCAUCCGGAGAAGAUUUUGGACAUGUAGAAACAUUUUCGAAAAUGUGGCCGAUGUGUUCUUUAACUCUAUAAACUCCUCCAGACAUAACUUUGCCACACAGCUUACAUUUAACUUUGUCCAUAUUCUUUGGAUCAACUAACAUUCCAUACUCCCAUCCAAUAUCAUUUGACUUCCUUUUAAAAACUGAGACGGCAUCAGACGAUGCUUCCGUACUCUUAGUCCCAUCCGACAUUUUUAAUUUAAUCGAAGAAGCCUGUAACAUAAACAAAUCAGAUGGACUGUUGCAGUUUGCACAUGUGUGUGUAUAUACUACAUAUAUAUGACUGUUUAACACUAAUAGUAUAAUCUAUAUCUAUAUAUGCUAUAUAACAAUACAUAUAGCAAUAUUAACAGCAUGUUGCUGCUUGCAGGUAUGCUGCUGCAACAUACAUACUGCUAUAUAGUAUAUAUAUAAUCUAUAAUUGUUAGUAAUAUAUGUAUAUACAUAGCAAUACAUAUAGGCAUAUAGCAAUAGCAUUAUGUGAAACUGUGAGUAAUAUUGUAAUAAUAUAUAUUAUAUAUAUAUACUAUAUACUAUAUAGUAUACAGCAAGAUGGCUACUGCAAAUUGGGAAGAACAACGAGAGAGAGAGAGAGGGAUACUGGUGGUCAGAGGAAGAACAGCGUUAGCGAGCGAGAUAGACGACUAGUGGAGGCUAAGGGAAAUCGAAAAAUCGAGGCCAAGAGAGACAAUGGUUGGCUGCAGAAGAGGCGUUGUCGGCGGCGAUGAGGAUGAGCUUUCGAAGAGAGAGGCGGUCAUUGUUGAGAGAGCAAUCGGGGCAGAUGAAGCAGAAACACGAUCUAUUUUGUCUUCUUUUAAAACCCUAAAAAUUUAAAAGUAGGUGGCCCAGGCAGUUAGGCGCCACCUGGGAUGCCGCUGACGACCGAUUAGGCGGACUGGCGCCUAGGGGGGCCGACUAGAUGAAAAUCGCGGCGGCCAGCAGCUGCUUAGGUCGAUUUUUCGAACACUGGUUAAGAAUAUGUGACAAAGACCCUUAUAUUUAAGAUUUCUUAAAGUCAUUUCCAGUCCUUAGAUUUCUCAAAAGGGGAAUAUGAUUAAUCGAUUAUAGACUGACACAUGGGUUACUACCUUUGAUUAAUAUGAGAUACUAAUGAUAAAGAAUGGUGAGUCAUAUGUCAUAAUUCAUGAGAUGAAUAUCGUAGAUAUGUGGGUAGAUGUUAGUUGAACAUCUACUGAAUGUGAUGCAAGUAACAAAUCAUAAGGCUAAGAGGAUUAAUGAUCUAUUACUUGUUUCGAUUGUGUUAUUGGUCCUUAGACCAGAGGCAACACAGUUGUUUUGUAUGUUGGUGUCAAAGAUUUGCCAUUGCGCAGAACUGUCUGUAUAUCACGGUGAGAAUGUUGCAGUUUCUGUACAAUAUCGUAUGGAAGCAGGUGAUUGCUAAUGGGAUCCAUUGACUUUUAGUGUGAGGGGAACAUCCUAUGCGAUUGGUUAUGGCUUGUGAUUGUUUAAACCCCUAGCCAGGGUGCACAUGAUUGGAAAGGAAUUUCCAAUAUUAGUCGAUGGAGGGAUUAUAGUACACGGGAAUCAAAAGCCCUAAUAGAUUCACUUGAAGUAUGAUUUCAUUACUAAUAAGAUCGUCUUGACAUAAUGCUAAUUGUCACUUAGGACUUCUCGGGAUAUAUCGAAGAGAUGGAGAGAUCCUCGUUGUAGAUCAAAGUGUCUGAUCAAUGUCAAAAUGUUUGAUGUGUCCCGAUUGCUACUCAGUGGUGAACCUAGAAGGUCAUACGCAUAUGCGAGUAUAGUAGUGGAUUAGUGAUGUAAUGUUGUAAUUAAUUAUUGAUCAUCAUUAAGAGUUAAUGAUGACACCUUUAGGAGUUAACAAAACGGGUUUAAUUAACAAGAGCAAUUGUUAAGAGUUAAUAGGCAUGCCGUUAAGAGUUAACGAGGGCUUUGGUUUCAUCAUGAGAUAAUUAAAGAGCUAUUAAGAGUUAAUGGCGGGCUUAGAUGCAAUUUACAAAAACUUGAGACGAGGAAAUAAAGGCAGUUGAACGGCCUUAGAGGCGAUCAACUGGUCCUUAGUGCAUCAUCCCAAACCGAUCAAUCGAUUUAGAAUUAGUCGACUGGUCCUUGCUGAUUUGGUGUAAACCAGUCGACCGUUUCCUUAAAAUCGAUCGACCAUUUCUUACAACAAAUGUCAAGUUUGGGAAUGUUCUCUUGUCAUUUUCUGUAAAGUCAGCCAAUUGCGUGUUGGAUUAUGACGAAGGGGGAAAGACAACAUGCAAAUGGCAUGCCUCUUCCCCUCUCUUUCCUAGUCGAUUUUGUUUGAUCUAGUGUGAUAUUAGGGUUUUGGCAUUUGAAAUAUUAGAACAAGAGAAGCAAGAGUUGCCUGGCUUUGCUUGUAGAAAUUCUCUCUCGGCUAGUUGCUCUCUUCUCAUUGUAGAAAACCAAAUCCCCUCCUCUCCUUUUGCUCCCGUGCUCAUUUCUUUGUUAGUUGCUUCUUUGGCAACCUAAUCUAACAGUGAGACUGUUGGGUUGUUCGUUCUUUUAAACCCAAAUUACAACACCCAUCACCUAAAAGGAAACUUAGCUAGCACAUAAGCUUCCUGUAGGGUUCUUCUAUUGCUUGGAGUGUGGACUAACUCGGCCCCUUGUGUAUUCGAGGGGUGGACUGGUCAUCCGGUUAUCUCAUUUGGAAUAGAUCAUGACUGUUUAGGAGCUGCCUUCGAGAGCCUUCCGUGAGAACGGGAGCUGCCUCCGCUACAGUUCAUCAUUCUCAUCAUCAACAAAAUCGUCCAAUGAGGUAUAAUUUCUAAAUGCCUUAUGGAUGGUUCGGUUUUUGUUGCAUAUGGUUGUUAGAUACCGGGUCUUGCAAGGUGAUCUUGUUUUCUUCCGCUGCCUUUAUUAUGUUGUUUUCGAAAAAGUUUUAAAAACCGGCUAAAACCCUUGCAUGGACCGCCAAUUGUUGGCGUUUCCUUUUAGUGGUAUUAACGUCUCGGCUCGGUAUUUUCACCCUAUGCUUGAUGUUGUGUAAAAUGUAUGUGUUUCGGACAUGGAAAUAGCUCUCUGUUUUGUAGGAUAUGUAGUAUCGAUCGACUAGUUUUUCCAAGCAGUCGAUUGUUCUUGGUCUUUUGCCUUCAGAGUGAUCAACCGGUGGUGAAAACGAUCGACCCAAACAGAGAGCCGAUCGGUAGCUUCUUGCAAGUGGUUGACCAUUUGGAGCAAAGCCAGAAACCAAUUGACCGGUCUUUUAGAAGCGGUUGACCACUUGUGUUUUAGUGGGAGACCUUCGAUCUGUUCUUUAGAACGGUUGACCGGUCCUCUUGAAACCCAAAAAUGGUCUACCGUUUUGAAGCACUGACAGCUCAUUGGUUUGGGUGUUUUCGAUAUAUGCCUAGGUGCAAUGAGAUUACAUUGGGGCAGAUCUGAAUGGAGCAUUUUGAUAUGAGAUAUCAAGUGUCCAAAAAAUGAUUAAAGAGGCAAUCCCAUCCAAUGGAAUUAAGUUUUGUGAAGAUGACAUGCUGGAUAUUUCCUCCUGUCACCAUAAUCCCAUGAAAAUGCCUACCAUACAGCUCUGGAAGGACGGUAAGAAACAAGCUGAGGUGAUUGGAGGCCACCAAGCUUAUUUGGUUGUUAACGAGGGUUUUCUUGAGAUGGUUACUGAGAGUAGGAUAGAUAUGCAGUCUGAUGUUAAUGAACGGAGGAGUCUGGAAGAAGUCUUUAUGAGAGGACCAAAUGGUAAUUUAGAAGAUAAUUUGCAGAGUGAACUUGAAUCGAUGCUGCGAGUGCAGCGGAAUCGAGAGGCUAUUGAUCGGGAGAGGGCUCUUAAUAUAUUCCGGAGUGGCAGUGCUCCUCCAACAGUUGAAGGUUCAUUCAGUGCGUUGUUUAGGAAUCCAAAUAUUGCUCAGAUUGAUGUUUGCAGUAGUAACGCAAAUAUACUAUUGUCAGAAGAAGAAAUUCGGUCCCACCCUGCAUACUUAUCAUACUACUAUUCACAUGAAAAUCUCAAUCCUAGACUACCUCCACCGAUGUUGUCCAGAGAGGAUUGGCGUGUGGCGCAGAGGUUUCAAUCAGGGGGUUCGUCCUUCGGGGGGAUUGGUGAUUGGAUGACAAAGAAUUUUGUUGAUGCUGGUGGCAGUUCAUCUUUAUUCUCAAUGCAGCCUAGCUUAUCUGUACCGAAGACGGAAGAUGAGUUGAUGGAAAUGAGGAAAACUACUCCAAGGAACACCAUGCGGCCAUCCUCCACCGAGUGGCUUGGCAGAGGCUCUGAUGCUUUCAUUGGGUUGUCAGAUACAGGAUUGGGUAUGAGGAGAAAAAGUUUUGCCGACAUUCUUCAGGAAGGUCUUGAUCAGCCUGUUCCCAUGUCAGGUCAGAUCUCAUGCCCUAGAAGUCGUAAUUCUUUUGUUGAUAUUGUAGAUACAACAGGCAAUUCUAAUAGUCAUUCUGCAGAAUUGUUUCAUGGAGUGCAACCCCCAGAAGUCUUGGGUCCUGAGGAAACAAGCAGUGCCCUGCCUAGAGUUCAGAGCCUUGGUUCAGUAGUUUCACAUUCUUUUGCAUCUGCUGUGGCUUCACCUCUGUCAAGGAGUAAAACCCCAGAUCCUCAGCUGAUUGGAAGGUCCCCGACUCCAGGUCUUCCUCCUCUGGGUAACAGAGUUUUCCCAGUUGAAAAGAAUAAUGGCAUUUCUUCUAGCAGGAGUGAGCUUGCUGAUAUUGCAGCAUCCUUAUCUUGCUUUAGUUUAUCACAAGAUCAACUUAGUCAUGAAGAGAGUUCUGUGCAGCCCCAACUGCAAAUUGGAUUUGAUAAUCCUAGUCAACUGCUCCAUAUUUCAAAUGGUCACAGGAAAAACCAGCAUCAGUCAUUUGUUGAUAAGUUCAAAGCUGGAAAGUUGGCUGGUCAUGUGGACUUAACAAGGAAGAAUGGAAUUAUAACAGACUCUGGCCAUUCCAAGUCAGGUUUGGAUGUGCAAAUGAACUUUCCUCAAACAACAUCUUCUAAUGCCAAUUUUUACUCUAAAAUGAAUCCUUUAGGGUGUACAAAUUUAGGACCUAACGUCCAUUAUCAAACUGAUAAUUUCGUGACAGUGGACUUGGCUGGUCACAUGCCCAAUGGGUUUUCUGUGAAUAAGAAGCUGAAUACAGCAAGCGGUUCAACUUUGAUUGGUGGUGAAAAUGGACGAAGUCAAAACAGGAAUAUCAAUCAAGCUGGGUCUGACCUUCGUUCACCCCAUAUGGAUCCAUGUUAUGUGCAGUACUUGCAGAAAGCUUCUGAUUAUGCAUUGCAUACCGCAGCUUCCUCAGGUGAUCCUGCUCAUCAAGGAAGGAGUUAUUUUGGCACGUCACAUGCUCAUGGGGAUUUGCAAGGGUUUCAGGAAGCUUAUCUUGAGACACUGCUUGCUCAACAGAAAAAUCAAUAUGGAACUCGACUUUUACAUAAAUCUGGCAAUCUGAAUCCUGGUUACUAUGUUAAUCUGCCUUCUGGUCUCAGCAUGCCAUCUCAUGGAAGCCAAGUGUUCAAAUCUGGACUUCAAUCAGGGGGUCCUUUGUCACAGAAUGAACAGAUCUCACACUUCAAUUCCAUGCUGAGAAGUUCAAAGGGAGGUUCUAGUGGAUCGUGGCAUUCUGAUGUUGGAACUAACAUUGAUGGUGUACUUGCAUCUUCUUUAUUAGAACAGCUUAAGAACAACAAGGCUAGGUCUUUUGAACUCUCCGACAUUGUUGAUAAUGUAGUUGAAUUCAGUACGGAUCAGUAUGGGAGUCGCUUUAUCCAACAGAAGUUAGAAACUGCUACAGUUGAAGAAAAGACAAAGAUAUUCCCAGAGAUAAUUCUUCAUGCUCGUGCUUUGAUGACUGAUGUCUUUGGGAACUAUGUCAUGCAGAAAUUUUUUGAGGAUGGAACAGAGAGUCAAAGAAAGGAGUUGGCUGACCAACUUAUUGGCCAUGUCUUGCCUCUUAGUCUUCAAAUGUAUGGUUGCAGGGUAAUUCAGAAGGCAUUGGAAGUGGUUAAUGUGGAACAACAAACCCAGAUGGUAGCAGAGCUUGAUGGUUUUGUCAUGAAAUGUGUCCGUGAUCAGAAUGGUAAUCAUGUCAUCCAAAAGUGCAUAGAAUCUGUUCCUCAAGGUCAGAUACAAUUUAUAAUUUCUGCUUUCUUUGGCCAAGUUGUGGCACUUUCGACACAUCCUUAUGGUUGUCGUGUCAUUCAGAGGGUCCUGGAGCACUGUGAUGAUCCACUGACACAACAAACUAUCAUGGAUGAAAUUAUGCAUUGUGUGUGCACCCUUGCCCAAGAUCAAUAUGGAAAUUAUGUUAUUCAGCAUGUCUUGCAAUAUGGUAAACCACAUGAACGAUCUGCUAUUAUAAGCAAGCUAGCUGGACAAAUAGUGAAGAUGAGUCGGCAGAAGUUUGCCUCUAAUGUAGUUGAGAAGUGCUUAACUUUUGGUGGUCUGGAAGAGCGUCAGCUUCUGGUGAAUGAGAUGCUUGGUUCCACAGAUGAAAAUGAGCCAUUACAGGCCAUGAUGAAGGAUCCUUUUGGAAACUAUGUUGUGCAGAAGGUUCUUGAGACCUGUGAUGAUCAGAGCCGUGAAUUAAUUCUCUCUCGCAUAAAGGUUCACUUGAAUGCAUUGAAGCGGUACACAUAUGGCAAACAUUUAGUUUCACGUGUGGAAAAGCUCAUAAUAGCAGGAGAGAGGCGCGGUGCUUUAGCAUCCUCGCAUCCUCCUUGAGGGAUAUAAAUUUGUCAUGGAUGAAACAUGAAUAAAUCAUCCGGUAAUUAUUUGCUACAUGGAGCUUCUAGUAGUUGUAAAAAAACACGGGUUCAGUUUGCCUGCUGAAAAUAAGAUUGUGCUUGUCUCUCUGUCUUUGUAUAUUCGGCGCAAAAUUUGUAACUUUCUUGACAAGAGUCAUAGUGGGUUUAGUCUGUAAAGGGGGAAAUUUUUGUAAAGGGUCAAUUGCAGCUGUAAACAGAGGUAGAUACAUUUUUAAUGGCACAUUGUAGGUGCUCUGAUUAACUAUUGAUCUUGAGUUGCAGAUUUCAA